AUGUCAGUUACUUUCAUCUUGGGCAUAGCCAACCUUAUUGGUGGACUUCCUCACGUUUUUCACAAUAUCACUGAUCUGAGAGACAGCCGAGUCAUGAACGAGGACAAAUCGGAAGGUCGGCCACUACUGACUCAAGCUUGGAUGUGGUCGAAAGCCCGGCUCCACAUGGUUCUACCACUGCUCUCACACAUGGUGUUCGGGCUACUUCCACCAGUGCUCUGCGGGUUGUCGUUCCGUGAGAGUAACGACAGGGAGAACAAGAUGAUGGACGUCGCCAGUGCUUCGCUUGCCUGCAUCGCUCUGCUAGCGCUCGGGAAGGUUAUGGCCACAGAAGAGCCAUGA